AUGAAUACCUGCCAGUCUGGGGAGAAAACAGGUGAAGAGGGGGGGAGGGAGGGAGGGAGGGAGGGAGGGAGGGAGGGAGGGAGGGAGGGAGGGAGGGAGGGAGGGAGGGAGGGAGGGAGGGAGGGAGGGAGGGGGAAUGGUCUGGAGCUGAUGUUGGAUAUACAACAGGAUGAAUACCUGCCAGUCUGGGGAGAAACAGGUGAAGAGGGGGGGAGGGAGGGGAGGGAGGGAGGGAAGGAGGGAGGGAGGGAGGGAGGGGGGAACGGACUGGAGCUGAUGCUGGAUAUCCAACAAGACGAAUACCUGCCAGUCUGGGGAGAAACAGGUGAAGGGGGGGGAGGGAGGGAGGGAGGGAGGGAGGGAGGUAGGGAGGGAGGGAGGGGGGAACGGACUGGAGCUGAUGCUGGAUAUCCAACAAGACGAAUACCUGCCAGUCUGGGGAGAAACAGGUGAAGAGGGGGGGAGGGAGGGAGGGAGGGAGGGAGGGAGGGAGGGAGGGAGGGAGGGAGGGAGGCAGGGAGGGAGGGAGGGAGGGAGGGAGGGAGGGAGGGAGGGGGAACGGACUGGAGCUGAUGCUGGAUAUCCAACAAGACGAAUACCUGCCAGUCUGGGGAGAGAAACAGGUGAAGAGGGGGGAGGGAGGGAGGGAGGCAGGGAGGGAGGGAGGGAGGGAAGGAGGGAGGGAGGGAGGGGGAACGGACUGGAGCUGAUGCUGGAUAUCCAACAAGACGAAUACCUGCCAGUCUGGGGAGAAACAGGUGAAGAGGGAGGGAGGGAGGGAGGGAGGGAGGGAGGGAGGGAGGGAGGGAGGGGGAGGGAAUGGUCUGGAGCUGAUGUUGGAUAUCCAACAGGAUGAAUACCUGCCAGUCUGGGGAGAGGCAUGGAGGGAGGGAGGGAAGUAG